CCUCCUGGCCAAAACCCUUCAAAAAAGUAGAGAGAUAGGCCCCGUUUCUGAUCUCUUACCGACUCAAAACCCAAAAAUCCUUUUUGGUUUUUUGCCCUCCAUCUUGCUGAUUUCCUUGUAGUUGUAUCCCCCCUAGCCAGCCAAUUGCUUCCCACCUCAAAACCACACCUUGUGAGCUUUUUGUUUUGCUUUAUUCUCUCUCUCUCCCCCUCCUUUCUAUCCACAAGUUUUCCAGUUUCAACAGUCUCCCACCCCUCCACUCAAAAAUUCCUCAACCUAUCAGUUUGUCUAUAAAUUAAGCAAAUACCCUUUCUUUCUCUUCAAGGCAGCAUCUUCCCAUUGCUCAAACUUUUCUCCCUCAACAUUGAUCCACUCACCUAUUUCUCCCCAGAAAAACAAACAAACUCAACCAUCUAAAAACAAAUACAAUGAAAGAGUAUUGGACUUCUUUCGCUUCAUUACUAGGAGUUUUGGCCUUUUGCCAAAGCCUCCUCCAAGUCAUUUUCCCACCAGAACUCCGCUUUGCGUGUCUCAAAUUCUUCAACCGGAUCUUCCAUUUGUUCUCUUCCUACUGCUACUUUGACAUCACAGAAAUCGACGGUGUUAACACCAACGAACUUUAUAACGCAGUCCAACUCUAUCUAAGUUCCUCUGUUUCCAUCAAAGGUAGCCGCUUGAGCCUGACUCGUGCUCUCAAUUCAAGCGCCGUUACAUUCGGUCUCUCAAACAAUGACUGUAUCGUCGAUACAUUCAAUGGCGUCACUUUGCUUUGGGAACACGUUGUGACUCAAAGGCAAGCCCAAACUUUUUCUUGGCGGCCAUUGCCUGAAGAGAAGAGAGGGUUCACUCUUCGAAUCAAGAAGAGAGACAAGUCCUUGGUUCUUGAUUCCUACCUGGAUUACAUAAUGGAAAAGGCUAAUGAAAUCCGAAGGAAGAAUCAAGACAGGCUUUUGUACACUAAUUCUCGUGGUGGAUCAUUGGAUUCCAGGGGACAUCCUUGGGAGUCCGUUCCAUUUAAGCAUCCAAGCACUUUUGACACAUUGGCUAUGGAUCCUGUCAAGAAGAAAGAGAUCAUGGAUGAUCUUAAGGAUUUUGCCAACGGUCAAUCCUUUUAUCAGAAGACUGGGAGAGCCUGGAAAAGAGGUUACUUGCUGUACGGUCCUCCCGGAACAGGGAAAUCCAGCAUGAUUGCAGCCAUGGCAAAUUACCUAAGUUAUGAUAUCUAUGAUCUUGAAUUGACUGAGGUCCAUAAUAAUUCUGAGCUGAGGAAGCUAUUGAUGAAAACCAGUUCCAAGUCGAUUAUUGUGAUUGAAGAUAUCGAUUGUUCGAUUAAUUUGACUAACAAGAAGAAUAUCAACAAUCGAGGGACAAGGAACUACCCUGAAAUGAGAUGUGGGUCAGGUUCUGUUUGUGGUGAAGAUGGAGGAAAUUCCAUCACUCUUUCAGGCCUGUUGAAUUUCACUGAUGGGCUAUGGUCCUGUUGUGGGAGUGAAAGGAUUUUUGUGUUUACAACAAACCACAUUGAGAAGCUUGACCCUGCAUUGCUCAGGAGUGGGAGAAUGGAUAUGCAUAUUUACAUGAACUAUUGUUCAUAUCCCGCAUUGAAGAUAUUGCUGAAGAAUUAUUUGGGGUACGAGGAAAGUGAUUUGGAUGAUGAUGUUUUGAACGAACUGGCGGAAGUAGUUGACAAGGCAGAGAUGACUCCAGCUGAUAUUAGUGAAGUUUUAAUCAAGAACCGGCGAUACAAGCAAAAAGCUGUCAGUGAGUUGUUGGAGGCAUUCAAGACGAGGGCAGAGAGGAAUUUGAACAGUGGGAGCUUGAGAGAGAAAAAUUCUGAUGAUAUGGAAGAUGAAGAGGAGGAGAAAAGGGCUUUGGAGAGUCCUAAAGAAGGGUCUGAAUUCGAAGAGCCUUGCAAGAAAGAAGAGGAGGAUGAAGAAAACAUGAAAUGAUAGUGAAAAAAAAAAAACUAAA